AUGAUCAACAGCAAACGUUCGUCAAUAUUUUCAAGGAGAGUGCUAACCAGCCAUCCCGGUUUUACUAUUGGUCAUCGAUGGCAUUUCAAUUUUCAUCUUGUAGCCAUUGUACUUUCUCUAUUGUGUAUUAUCUUAAAUACUGGUCAAACAAUUGGUGUAGCACUAUUUUUGGGUAGUUUUCCUGAUCUAACCGGCGUCUAUUUUGUUACAUUCUUUACUGCAUUUUCAUAUGGUCUUUUCGCCUGUAUCAUAGCAUGUUGGUUCGGUUACAAAGGGCAAAUUACUCCAGCGAUGCGUGAAUGGCGCUGGAUAAAAUACAUGUUUGUUGUCAGUAUAUUCGAUGCAGCCAAUGCUUUUUUGACCACAUUCAGUUCGCAUGGUAGUCGUGUGCCACCAGCACUUACAGCAAUACUCAGUCAAACAACAAUUCCAUUUACAUUUAUAUUUUCAAAAUGUCUUUUGAAAAAAAAAUAUCAUUGGUUACAUCUUGUCAGUGUUGGUUUUGUAUUGAUCGGCGUUGUAUUUAGUCUUGUACCAACUUUUAAACGAAUGCAUGAUGGAACUACUGACACAGGAUUAAAGCACGGUUGGUAUUGGCCAUUUAUAUAUAUUCUUGGUUGUAUACCCAGUGCUAUCAAGUCUAUAAUACAAGAACAAUUACAAGUAAAAUUUACUGAAAAUGCACGAGCACGACAAGAGAAAAUAACUCGUUAUUCCGUUAGUUAUUUUCAAGCUGUUGAAACAACAAUGCAGGUCAUACUAAUCGCUCUAUGUUUUCCGCUUGAUAUUGUGCCCGAUGUUGGCACAUCGACAAGUAUACAACAAUGGUGGAUCUCAUUUUCCAAUGGUUUCAAAUGUCUUUUUAAUGUCAGCCAUGUGCCUGGUAAUAAAUGUCAAGCUGCUGGCGGCACUGGAGUGUUAUAUAUUGUCUCUUGUUUGCUGACGAGUAUUGUCAGUACAUUUCUUACUGAUCAUAUAUCUGCAAAUUGGGUUAUAAUAGUCAGUUCAAUUGCGCCAUUGCUAUCAACAGCAUUCUGGUUCAUCUUUCCUGCAAUAAAUCGAUGGGCUGGAGUCGGCGAUAUGACUGCCUGGGAUAUUGGAUUUAGUCUUGGUGCAUUGCCGAUAAUUUUUAUCGGCAUGAUUUUGUAUCGAAAUGGCGGAACCGAUCGCGAAUCGGAUGAGGAAAUACCAUUGAUUAGUGAACAUCCGACUGAAUUCUUCUGGUAA